AUGCUGGGUAAAAUCGCCCUCGAAGAAGCCUUUGCGCUGCCGCGCUUCCAAAAAAAAACCCGCUGGUGGGCGGGACUUUUCGCAACAGACGUCGAGAAGCAUGUGGCCGAGAUCACCGACGUGGAUUCGAUCCGUCUCAACUUCGCCGAGAAACACGGCGUGGGCCUGCAGAUUCUCAGCUACACGGCACCCGGUGUUCAGGAUAUCUGGGAUCCUGUGGACGCGCAGAAAUUGGCCGUCGAGAUUAACGAUUACAUUGCCGAGAAGGUCAAGGCGCACCCGGAUCGGUUUGCGGCUUUUGCGACCCUGUCCAUGCACGACCCCCAAGAAGCCGCAGAUGAGCUCCGUCGCUGCGUCACCCAGUACGGAUUCCUCGGCGCUCUCGUCAACGACACACAGCGCGCCGGCUCCGACGGCGACGAUAUGAUCUUCUACGACAAUGAGAAAUGGGAUAUCUUCUGGCAGACCUGCACCGAGCUGGACGUACCUCUGUACCUCCAUCCUCGCAACCCCACCGGCACCAUCUACGACAAGCUCUGGGCCGAUCGAAAAUGGCUUGUCGGACCCCCUCUCUCUUUUGCGCAUGGCGUGUCCCUGCACACGCUCGGCAUGGUCACGAACGGCGUCUUUGAUCGUCACCCCAAACUGCAGAUCAUCAUCGGACAUCUCGGCGAACACAUCCCCUUCGACAUGUGGCGGAUCAAUCACUGGUUUGAAGACCGGAAGAAGUUGUUGGGGUUGAGGGAGACGUGCAAGAAGACGAUUCGGCAGUACUUUGCGGAGAACAUUUGGAUCACGACGUCGGGGCAUUUCAGCACCACGACGUUGAAUUUUUGUAUGGCGGAGGUUGGAGCGGAUCGGAUUCUGUUCAGUAUCGACUAUCCCUUUGAGACGUUUGAGGAUGCGUGUGACUGGUUCGAUAAUAUGGAGAUUUCGGAUACGGAUCGGUUGAAGAUUGGACGGGAGAAUGCGAAGAAACUCUUCAAGUUGGGGGCUUAUAAGGAUAGCACGGCCUAG